GUGUUUUUUGCAAGAAACUUGUUUUCUCUUUUUACUUUCUUUAUUUACAAAUACAUUCAAUUUACUUAUCUCUUAUAGAUUCUGGUAUGGGAAAAAGGAAAAGAACCAAGGAACUCAGGCCAUGGUGUUGGUAUUGUGAACGUGAUUUUGAAAGUCUUUCUGUGUUGAUCGAACAUCAAAAGGCCAAACAUUUCAAGUGCUCUCAAUGUCGACGUACAUGGUAUUCAAUUCGUAAAUUGAUUGUACAUGCCAUGUCACAACAUGAUAUGAAUAUAAUAAGUGUCGCGAAUGCUUUACCACAUAGAACAAACCAAAUUCAUCUAGAAAUCAUCGGCAUGGACGGAAUUCCGGAAGACGACUUGUAUGCUCAUGAAAAACAGGUUCUUGGAACCCCUGAAUCAAAAAAACCAAAAGACUAUGCUUAUGGUGAGCUUAGUGAAGAACAACUUCGAUCGCAGGUUGCACAAUUCCAAGCCGAAUCAGCAAUGAUACCAACAACAAUAGAUUCAUCGGUACAUUAUUCUGGAGAUGAUCCCUACUACUACGUUAAUCAAUCUUACUUUCCACCACAAUCUUACAAUUUUAAUGACAAUUUGGCAUAUCCUCAUUAUAAUAGUACUUAUGAUGGUUACUCUUCUUGGCACAAUUAUCCUUCUUCAACAGAUGAUGCAACAUCAAUGAAUCAUCAUUCUAAAGUGAAAACAACUCCUUCAACAAUAUCAUCUAAUACAUCACAACCUAUUACAUCAACAUCAACAGCAGAAGCAACAAUAAAAUCAACACUUCCAAAACAUGAUUUAAGGAUAUCAACUUUAUCUUCUCCUGUGCAACCAAGGUCCCGUGAUAAUUUGACAUUGAAAAGAGCAGCAACUCAAUCCAUUCUAGUUUACCAACAUGAGGAUCUGUCUCCGGAUGAAUUACGGGCAAACUACAUGAAAUCAAAUCUCAUUGAUUAGAAUAUAUCAUCCUUUUUUUUUUUUUUUU